AUGUCCAAAGCUAAUCAACCGGGCUUGUCUAGGAACGCUAGGAAUAGGGAAGCAGAGACCGAUGAGUCUCGCUCCACACUGGUGGCAGCGCCCGCAGCCCUACCCCCUUUCGAGGAAGAUAAGAAUUCCGAAGAGUGGCUCUUAACUGCCAAAUUCAACCUUCCUCUCUAUCCCUGUUGUCAAAGAAUACCUCUUAUCCUUCGCGCCCUCCCGCAUGAUUUAUUCGUGGCCGCAGUCGGAUCUGGCAUCACCCACGACACGAACGUUGACCAAUGCUGCGAUACAUUGGCUCAGCUGGUCAUCGAUCGUGAGGAGGGAACCCCGGCUAGGGACUUCUUUCAGCGUUUUCAAAAAGCUGAUGAGGCCGACGAAGAGUACGCCAGGAACCUCCAACUCCUGGCGGAACGUGCGUUCCGCGGCUGCCCCCCAAACAAGAUCGCCAGUUGGGUUACGGUUCAGAUUAAGCACCGAGUCCGACCUUCCGCCUUGGCUGAGAAGCUCUGCGAAGCAAAGACUAACUCGCUCGAUCAAUUGGUUAAGCUCGCAACCAAGAAGCGGCAGGAACUCCGGGGGCCCCCGACUUUCCGGAAACCACAAAACUGGUCAAAUACAGCAUCCUCGUACCGUGUUUCCCUGCGCUAUACUCCUAUACCAGAAGGAACCUUUUCCACUCACAAAGCCACCGGGGCCAACACAGAUACCUCUCCACCGAAAGACGACUCAGACGACAUCUGCAAUGCCCUUUUUAAAGCUGCAGCCAUUCCCAUGAACAAUCUGGAUGAUCUUUGUGCGCAGCUGACUCACAUUUCCAACUACGAGAGAAAAGAACUCCGUCAGCUCCUACUUAAGUAUGCGAACAUCUUCUCAUGGCAAGGUGUAAGACUGGGACGAACAAAUAUCGUCAAGCAUAAGAUUGAUACUGGUGAAGCUAGGCCCAUUUGGCAACCACCCAGAUGUAUUCCACCUCCUUUGCUGGAAGAAGUAAACCGUUUGGUUGAAGAGAUGCUCCGAGAUGAGGUCAUAAAGCCAUCCAAGUCACCAUGGGCCUCUCCUAUAGCGCUGGUAAAGAAGAAUGACGGCAGCCUUGCGAACGAGGCCAGUGCGAGAUAUCAAAAGCUGAUGUAG